AUUGGUCAGAAUCCAACAAUUAAAAUUUUGUCAGACCAUUGAAUGAAAUUGAAUUGAAAGUGCUCAAUAUUUUGUGCGAUAACAAUUUAUUUUUGUCAGUGAUCAGUGAUUUUAAAAAGUUUUCAUAAAAUCCUUUUAAAAUGCCACGACGAGGACGUUCACCUUCACCCUCUUCCAGGGCUGCUCCCCGAAGAGCGUCUCCUGCUCCAGCUCCCCGUCAAACUCAACCAGUUCCAACCCAGGCUCAUCCACCGGCUCCAGUAGCUGCCGCCCCGCAGCAACCUAGUUUAUUUGGUCAAAUGGCAGCCACUGCCGGAGGAGUAGCUGUCGGAUCGGCUAUUGGACACACCGUUGGACAUGCUGUAACUGGUAUGUUCAGUGGCGGUAGCGACCAUGAAGCAGCUGCCCCUGCACCAGCUGCUGCGCCAGCCGGAGCUUACCAGCAAGAACAACCUGCUGGAGGAGCCUGUGCAUGGGAAAUCAAGCAAUUCCUUCAAUGUGCUCAACAACAAGAAGAUAUAUCUUUAUGCAGUGGAUUCAAUGAAGCUAUUCGCCAAUGCAAAGAAAUGAACCGUAUUGCAUAAGUGGUAACGAAAUACCAUUCCUAAUUUCGAAUCGAUGAAUUAGGAAGCUUUCCUUAGGAGUUUCUUUGUAUCAAUCAAUGAAGAAAAUGUAGUUAAUUACUUAAUUUCAACAUUAAAGCUUAAUGCCAAAAUUCGAUUUGUAUUUUUCUUACUUUGUAUUGAUGUAAAGCCUAAGUAAAAUUCUAUGUGUCGUGUUUGUUGCAAUUGAUUGAAAUGGUUUUGCUACUAUUUCAAAAUUUUAUCAGAUCAAUUUUUUCCGGUAUAAAAUUGCUGAUUUUACCAACUAAAUUGAUAUCUUAUUUCGCGUGUUAAUUAUUAUUGCGUUGAAUAAAUCGUAUCUGUACUAUU